AUGGAGCAAGAGAUUGCGAAAAAUCCUCUAAAUCUUGCAAAAUGGGCGUUGGCGAGCGUGGACCAGAAGAUUAAGACUUCGCCUUUUCAAGUCAACACGAGGUUUGCAUUAGAUCCAAGAAUUUCGCAUGAAAGACAGCUGGAGCUGAGAAAGGCUUUUAUUGAAAUUGAUGCUGAUAAAAGUGGAGCGAUCUCACUUGAAGAAAUUUUGAAUUUUUUGCGUGGUAUUAAUGAUGAAGUAGACGAAAAUUUAAUUUUUUUAUACAAAGCACCUUUAAGAAAAUAAUAUUUUAUAUGAAAAAUAAAUAUUUUUAUAUAACUUACUCCCCCCCCCCCCCUCCGUGAGCGAACAAAAAAAAAUUUUGUUCGCUCACGGAGGGGGGUUAAUUUUUUUUUUUUUAAAAAAAAAUUUAUAUAUAAAUUUUAUAAAAAAUAUUUUUUUUUCGAAAUUUAAAAAAAUCCUAAUUUGCAAAAAUUGGGAAGCAAAAAUAUUAAUUUAAUUUGCAAAAUUUAUGUUUUAAAACGCAAUUUGUUUAAAAUUAAACAGAAUUAGCUCUAGAUUUCAUUAUACUAAUUAUCACUUAUAUAUCAAAAUUUUUUUCCAUUAAAAUUUUUUCUAUUAAAAAAAUUUUUGUUCACUCACGGAGGGUGGGUUUUUGGUCAAAAAAUGGCGAUUUUUCUAAACCCCCCCCCCCCCCUCCGUGAGCGAACAAAACCAUUAGAAAAAUCGCCAUUUUUUGACCAAAAACCCACCCUCCGUGAGUGAACAAAAAUAUUUUUAAUAGAAAAAAUUUUAAUAGAAAAAAAAUUUUGCUAUAUAAGUGAUAAUUAGUAUAAUGAAAUCUAGAGCUAAUUCUGUUUAAUUUUAAACAAAUUGCGUUUUAAAACAUAAAUUUUGCAAAUUAAAUUAGUAUUUGCUUCCCAAUUUUUGCAAAUUAGGAUUUUUUUUAAAUUUCGAAAAAAAUAUUUUUUAUAAAAUUUAUAUAUAAAAAUUUUUUUUAAAAAAAAAAAAUUAACCCCCCUCCGUGAGUGAACAAAAAAUUUUUUUUGUUCGCUCACGAGGGGGGGGGGGGAGUAAUGGUUUUGUUCGCUCACGGAGGGGGGGGGGGAGUUAGUGCAAAAAUUUUAUAGAAAGAUUUUUAUAGAACUAAAAUAUAGGAUCCCGGCGAAAAUUAUGUGAAAGCUAUAUUUGAGUCAAUGGAUGUAAAUAAGGAUGGCGGGGUGAGUAUUGAUGAAUUCAUUAAUGGAUAUCUUGAACAAGUUAAUGGUCUUUCUGAGGCCAUUGCAAGAUAUAAUCAAACAGUUGCAGCCAAAAAUAAAGAGCUUGCAACAUUAAAAGAACAGUUAGAAGAAGCGAAAAAAGUAGAAAAGAUGAAUACCUAUGGGAUUAUGGAAGGAAGCACACUUACAGUCAGAGUAAUUGAGGCUCAGAACUUGAACAUAGUCACAGGCAGACCUACAGCUUACGUAAAUCUUAUAUGUGAACGUCAGCAAAUCGCUACAAAGCCUAUACCCUCUGAUAAAAACCCUAACUGGGAUGAAACUUUCAGUUUCAAAAUAACCAUGGGAACAGGAGAGCUUCUAGUCCAAGUCUUUAACAAAGGAACGGUCUCAAAAGACGACCUCUUAGGAACCUGCUCCAUCCCUUUACAAGAUUUCAGAGACCAAUCAAAGCAUGAAGGCUGGUAUCAACUAACUGGGCGAGUUACCAAUGCCAGAAUUAUGCUCGCAAUCCAAUGAAUACAUAGACAAACUGAAUAUCUCGAAGGUAUUAUUUCAGGAAUGGAAAACGAUGUCGUCCAGGACGUCGCUGAAAAAGACAGAAUAGAGGCUGAGCUAAGAAAACUUGGAACAAAUCCUCUAGGAAUGUUUCACAAAGAAAGCUGGGUCGAUAGGCUAGAAAGCAAAGUGGUGCAUGAGGUGCAUGAGUUUACAGACAAACAUUUUAAGGUAAAAAAUAUAUAGUCAGUGGGAAAUUGGAACACAAUUUUAACUAUAGGGAUCUUUAUGGUCGCGAUAUUGGGAAUUGGGACGUCUUUUGAUAAGCCUGAUUUUGGAAACGUUACAUGGGCUUGCUGGGGAUUUAUGGGGAUGAUAAAAGGAUGGGACACAAAAAGGUAUAGAUUAGGGAUGAUUACGCUUGCUGCAAUGAUUUUAUUUGAUUUAUUAUGGAUUGCGUGUGACUCGGAAUUUCUUGUUUUUGAAGUGCAUAGUGAUCCUGCAAUAAAUGCGAAGCGGUUUUCUUUUGUGAUGGGUUUCUUUGAUUUUGUGCUGAAAGUUUUGCUGUUUCCUGUAAUUGUGAGGUGCUAUAUGAAAUCAAAGGAAGAUGACUCUCAGGCGAUAUUUAAUACCUAA